GAAAAUUAAGGAAUUUUAACAGUUCAAUAUUAAAAAUAAAUAAAAGACAUAAUACUUUGGUGAUAAAACGUGAAAACAGCAGUUAUCAAUACAUAUUUUACCGUAAAAACCAAAAAACAAAAUAAAUAUUCCUCAUUUCUUAAUAUUGAGACACAUUUACCGUGUAAUUAAGUUACCUACUCAAACACUUAACAACCAAAAGUUCAAGGCACGCAAAUUAACAUAUAGAACCAGUGUAAAUUAAAUGUACAACACUGACAUACUUUAACCUUAAAAAAUUCAUUACCAUAAAUUAUUAAGAUUUGCAUGUGAUUAUCAAGCUUGCCGCGUAUUUUUAAUCAUAUGCUUUUGAGGAAUAAAGUCAAAUAUACAUUCAACUUGAUUAGAUUAUUCUCCCAAGUGAAUCAACCAAAGAUGUCUUUAGAAUCAGCUAAAAGGAUUGCAGCGGAACGAGCAAUUGACAACCAUGUUAAGGAUAACAUAGUUCUUGGAAUUGGAAGUGGAUCAACUAUUGUUUAUGGGGUUCAAAGACUUGCUGAGCGUGUAAGGAAUGAAAAUCUCAACAUCAUUUGCAUUCCGACGAGUUUUCAAGCUAAACAUUUGAUCCUCGACAAUGGAUUAACAUUGGGAGAAUUAGACAAAAAUCCAGUGCUGGAUGUUGCCAUUGAUGGAGCUGAUGAAUGUGAUAUUGAACUUAAUUGCAUCAAAGGUGGUGGUGGAUGCUUGUUACAGGAAAAAAUAGUCGCAUCAUGUGCCAAAAAUCUAAUUAUCGUUGCCGACCAUACCAAAAACUCACAAUAUCUUACAGAGCGAUACAAGAAGAUUCCAAUUGAGGUGUCACCAAUCGCUUACGUUCCAAUUAAAACCAGAAUUGAGUCCUUGUUUGGUGGUGAUUUAAAGCUAAGAAUGGGAGUAGCUAAAGCUGGUCCAUGUGUUACAGAUAAUGGUAAUUUCAUCCUUGAUUGGUUUUUUGAAGGAUCUCCAACAACAGAUUUCGAUGGAAUUAAUAGGGAAAUAAUGAUGAUACCCGGCGUUGUCGAUACAGGACUGUUUAUUGGAAUGGCCAGAAAAGCAUAUUACGGAAUGGCAGAUGGCUCAGUUCUAGAGAAGGAAGUUUAAUGUUAAAUUAAAUAUAUAGAGAGGGAAAUGAAUAAAAAGUUAUUUCUCACAAAUUGCAUUAUCAUUUAA